UUUCAAUUAGGUACCAAACUAAUCUUAUUGCGAUUAUUUUUCUUCCGUUGUAUCUCCCUAGAAUUGUGAUUAUUACAGAAACAUGUGUAGAUUACUGGCAUAAUUUUGUAAUUUAGAUAGACAAAUAUGGACAACAAAUAUAUUUGAUGUUAAAACAUACACAUGUGAAAGUUGUAUAAAUCACAGGAGCAAAAUAUUCGCACGCACUAGAACAUGAAUAGCAACGUAAAUAAUAAUGAAAAUUGUUUGUUAUUUUCCAGAAUAAAACUCGUCACAUAAGAAAAUACGAACACUCCAUUAUAUUCACGAGCUGGCAAUUUACGCCAUCACGUAAACUGAUUUGUUAUAUAAUUUAAAUAUUAGAUGACGAUCAUACUCCCAAUACCGCUAGUGGUAUAGGACGGGCUUAGUCGCAGCUUGCGGAAGAAAAUAACGAUUUGAUCACACUACGGAUUGCUUUAUGGAUUAUUAAAAUAAUUUUCUAUAGUUUAUGAAGUUCAAUUUCGUCAGUGCACAGUUUUUGUUGAUCGCAAAAGUUGCUCUAAAUAUGUUACUUGCCGUAAAAUUAAAUGAACUUUAUAUGUAAAUGAUAAAGAUCAGAUUUAAUCUACGAAAGAAAUACCGUUUUUAUACAUAUCUAUAAACUGCAACUUAAUGAUAACGCACGUUCCAGUGUGCAGCAAAGAAAAUCUUUAUUCAGUAGCACUAGAUAUAUUAGCUGUAGACACAAAGAUAUAUUCAGCACUUUCGUGUAUACUGUUAGCAUAAGCAGGCGGAGUUUAUUUAGAUGCAUUAAGUUUAAAACAACAAAUUAUGCCUGCAGAGGAGUUGGAUGAUUUUAAAACAACUGAAAAUAUUCUUAGUGUGUAUCCACCCAUUCUUUUAAGCCUCGGUCUAAUUGGAAAUAUUUUAUCUGUCGUUGUGCUUUCACAGGCUCAUAACAGAAAGACAUCAACUGGAGUUUCACUGAUUUUCUUGGCGGUAACAGACAGUUUAAUUCUUAUCAAUUCCGUAUUUGUGCGAUGGCUGGAUCAUUUGUUUAAUGUUGAUUUCAGGAAUUAUUCAACGGGAUCAUGUAAAUUCAGUGUCUUCUUCACAUAUUUAUCGUUGCAACUAUCAGGUUGGAUUCUAGUGUUUGUGACAACUGAACGCGUAUUUAGUGUUUUGUAUCCGCUAAGAGUCCGUGAUAUUUUCACAAGGAGGAGAGUACUUAUCAUUUUGUUUCUUUUAGUUCUGUUUCUGUCUGGUUUGAAUGCCCACUUAAUAUAUGGUUAUCAGCUAAAAUUUAACGAAUAUUUUGAAAGUCUACGCUGUGAGGUGAUUCCGGAGCACGAAGAGUUCAUGUUUAAAUUUUGGACAUGGAUCGACUUCGCUUUUGCAUUUGCAAUUCCUUUUUGUGUUUUACUGACUGGUAAUGUAGCUAUUAUAAUCAAACUAAAAUCGAGUCGUAAUUUUCGGGAAAGGAGUACAAUACCCUUGGAAAAUGGUUCUCAAUUAAGAGGUGGCAGUACAUUUCGCCGAGAAAGAAGUACAACGUUUGAAUUCACAAUUACAGCAAUUAUAUUGAAUGUAACAUUUGCGAUUUUAGUAUCACCUUUUUCAAUAUUUGCAAUUGGUCAGCCAUACUGGUUUCCAAAUGACACAAUGACACCUGAACGUCACGCCAAAUUGGUACUUAUUGGAACAAUACUGCUGAUGAUUCUGUAUACAAAUAAUGCAAUUAACUUUGUCUUGUAUGUUUUGUGUGGAUCUAAAUUCAGGAGGGAUUUUAUUAAUCUUUUCUGUUGUUCAAACAAACGACGUCAAACCAUAUCUAGCAAUAGGACUAUCAACAGUUUAAGUACAAUCAGUUCCUAAAUAUUUCUUUCCUCUCAUAAUCUUAAGUAUUAGUAAAUAUGAGUAAUAGUCUACCGAACUUAAAAUCAUUUUUUUUUUUCAGUUUAAUAAGUUACAUUUUUUUGCAAAUGAAUUGUGUUUGGAUGACGUUUGUAAAAAUUCCACUGUAUUUAUAAGCUAUAAGUACUAUGAUCAUGUUGAGAAUUUUGAAAAACUGAUAUUUAUAUAAGGUGAAUUUCACAGCAAAAAAGGACACGACCAACAAAACAUCUAAUAUAAAUUUCGUAUUCCGUACAUUUCCCCGGAUAUGUACCACUUCUUACUGUAGGUUGCUCCCUCAAGUCGAAACAGUCUCUUAUGCUCAUUUCAUUAAUGAACACGAUAAAACUUUAUUUAGUAAGAAAAUGAGGCAAAAAAUAAACAGCUGAAACAUUACAUUACCUUGGGCAAUUUUGAAGGAACUUGUAUUAAUUUAUCAUUUUUGCCAUUAGACUAACAAUAUUUACAUAGAAUUUGUUGUAAAUAACAAGAUGUUACUACAUGGAUCAUUUUUACUUUUUUUUUGCUAUGUAAAUGUUAAAACUUCAAACUGGAUUUUUUUUUGUUUCGAUAGGUAAUAUACCUAUAUCUGUCAUACAAAUAAGUGGGUGACUCAUCUAUUCCAUUUCAUUUUAACGCAUUAUCAAUUUAAACAUUUAAUAGCAUUGAGACUGAGUAUUUUUGCAACUAUCAUAAUUAUAUUUAUUUGAGAUGAACAAUCCGAAGAAAUAAUAUCAUCAUAAAUGCAACAAUUAAUAAAAAGAAAUAAAAAUGUGAAUGAGCAAUCAACUCCUUCAUGAUAACUAUUUGAAAUGUGAGUGUAAGAUCAUGAAUAUCUAAUGAAUUCUUCGAUUUUUUUUCUUAAGAAAGUGGCCCUUAAAGUAAAGAAUAUUGAUUUAUCUCGAAGUGUUUAUCUGUAAACUAACAACUAAGUAAACAAGUACCGUUUGUUUGUUAAGUUAAACUAGAAAUUCAGCGAUCCUAGGUGAUUCAUGAAACCGAAAAGUGAAGUUUUGCUUUAGGGAAGGAUAAAUGCAAUGAACAGUCAGCUACGUUUUCUUUUUAAAUGCCAAUCCGGUUAGCACAGUAGAAGUAGAGUUCAACCCCAAGCGAAAAGGAUAUGACUUGUUUUCAUAUAAAACAAUUUGUAAUGAGUUACAUUUGUUUUCCCUUUCUGUAUUUCAUGUUGGAAAGUUGCCAGUCAAUACAGAAUUAUGUACAAUGAUUCAGUAACUGAAAGAUCUUUGAAAUGGCUUAAACGGCCCUGCUUCGUCGGGCUCGUUAAUGGUGUUUAAAUUUAUCCUCUACCUUCUAUAGAAUCAUUUUGUAACACUUAUUUGGUUCUUUCUGCUAUUCGAUUUUGAUCUCUGCUCUUAUUUUAUCUUUUUUUUUUUUCAAACAAACAAUUACACUUAACUACAUGUACGUUUGCUGCAUAAAAGUUUACAUUGGAAGACCGAUAAUACUGAUAUGCCUUUUAAAUGGAUUUUUGGGGGAGAGGUGAGGAUUGACAAUGUGUGUUUCAAUAUUACCUGUCAUUAUUUUUAUUGAAAUGAUUUUUUCAUUUUGUAUGUGAAUGUUAUUGAUAAAACAUCAUCUAUGUCAUUGAAUACAGUUUCAUUAAUCAUGUGUUAAACAAAUGGCGUCGCAUUUAUAAUUACCUUUUUAACAGUCUGAAACAUAUUGAGUAGCCGAGUUAUCACCUUUCACGACGGUCUUUCUAAUUCCGAAAUACAUUUCCGGUAUUUUGUUUCCAAAAUCAAUUCAGGCAUCACAUUUUGUAGGAG